CAUACAAUUAGAAAUAGUUAACACCGAAAACUUAUUAACAAUCGAAUCUUUUUUCAAUGACAUUUCUGAAAUUUUUCAAAAAGUAGUUCAGAUCAACGAAAAAGCACAAUAUAAUAAAAAUAUAUCGAAAGCUAUUUUAUGUCGUUUAUUAUCUACAGAAGCAGUUAUCAAAUCUUUAUUUGUUCAAAAAGAACAAUUUAGAAAAGAAAUAGCAACUAUAGGAAAGAAUUAUAGAGAGUUAAUGAAGGAAUAUGAAAAUGGGUUGAAUAGUUUAAAGUUUCUAUUGGAAAAAAUUGAUGAUGUAUGUUUAAAAAAUGACAUUGAAGAAACGGGAAAGUUCCUGGAAAGGUAUUCUAAUUAUCAUAAAGGGCAAACCAAUCUUAUUUAUCUGGAAGUCGAAUGUAUCAAAAACAAGUUUGAGUCCAAUAAUAGUAUAAUAGAUAUACCAACAAUUGAUUCAAAUUUAUUACAUGAAAGUUCUGACAAAGAGCGCC